GGGGGGGGACGGCGCCUUUCCAUCAAAAAAUAAAAUUCGGCACAAUUCUUCUAAUGUUUCUUUGUUCUAUUUUCUUCAUUUUUCUGCCAUUCUUCUCCAUUAUAAAUUAUUUAGAGAGACAUUUUGUCCCUUUCAUAUUGACCUGUCGGAUCGGUCAAAAAAUUCCCCCUCCUUUCAACCUUUUGUUAUAUCCCUUCCCCCUAUAUCCCUCCCCUGACCGCUUGCCGUCUGUUAAGACACGACCACUUUCUCCCUUAUUCAUUUACUUCCUCUCUCAAAAACUAUUCGUGCCGCUCCUUCCGUUGCUCUUGUAAUUUUACUUUUUUUUGGCAUUCAAAAAAUAGGCACGCCAAAGCUAAAUUUUUUUUGACCUUUUAGGGAGACUUGUAAUGCCACUCCCCCCUUUAUUUGGUGGUCAAUUUAAAUAUUCUCUUUUUUCAUUCUCGUUUAGUUAUGUACGAGAGGGAGAGAUGCGCAAUUCCUCCUUUUAUUUUUAUUUUUUUCGCUUCG